GUGUACUAGUUCACGAACGCGAGCGGCCGGAGGUUUUGUAUUCAUUUUUUUACAAUAAGAACACGAAUUCCUAUUAGCAUUCUGUCCCAUUGAAUACGGUUGUUUAAUUGAUUCAGCGGGCUCAAUCAUACAUAGCUGUGCUUGUAGUAUCGCAUAGACGGCGUCACAACAAAACAAACGUUAUUACUUCUGAGAUUUGUUGUUGCAGAUGAUCUCCCGAAACGGGAUGAAACAUUCAGCUGGGUGAAUUUGGUGUUAUUUUUUGCAGGAAAGUGACAAAUAAAGAACCACGUCAGUUUUCUUCCCAGAAGAAUUCAAAGUUGUAUUUAUUGAGGCCGGUUUCCAACAAUCCACAAAAAAUGCAGAUUCCGUACAUGAAGGUGGCGAUCUAUUCGUUGACGUUUUUGACCUACGCCUAUACCGGAUAUGGCUCCAAUAUGCUAUCAAGUUUGCGGGAUGCAAUCAUUGCGGCCGAGGCGGUUUUCGGGGAUGUUCUGAAGAACGUAGUGCAUGUGGCCAAGAAAUUCAAGGUCGUCCACGAGGUGUUUGAUGCUGCGGUGGAAGAAAAUUGUGUCUACAAAUGUCCUGGAGGGUCAACACCGUCUCGAAACAAAUUCUACAUACCCCAGUCGGAUGGAUGUGGUUCUCUGGGGCUGAAAAUUGACACCGAAUACUUGCCAGCAGCCGAGAUGGAAACAUGUUGCAACGCUCACGACAUUUGUUACGACACCUGCAACAGCGACAAAGAGCUGUGCGAUCUGGACUUCAAACGGUGUCUGUACAAGUACUGCGACGAGUACGAGAAAAACGUUGUCGGAGACAUCGUUGUGAAAGGUUGUAAAGCAGCCGCCAAAAUGCUUUUUACCGGUACCAUUACACUGGGUUGUAAAUCGUACCUGGAUUCGCAAGCGCGUUCCUGCUACUGUGUACCGGAGAAACCAACAGCUGGUGCUGGUCAACAGCAGCCGGGAACGAAUCCCAAUCAGGACAAAAGUGCUCCCAAAGACAAAGCCUACGAACGUUCCGACAAGGCGUACGACCGAGCGUACGAACGAUCGGAUAAAUACUACGACAAAGGGUACAAGGAAAAGGAUAAACCGGGCAAGUACGGCUGGAAGAAUGAUCUGUAGACUACCUAGAUUUUUCCUACCGAGUUCUCUAGUGGUGUGUAAAUAGAUCUGUGAUUGGUAGCAGUUACCAAAUAUCUACUUAUCACAAAAAAAGGUGUUUUAAUAAAAAGAAACGCUGUGUUUCAAACAAUAAA